AUGUCCGGGCCCGAAGCCGGCCGGCCUCGCGAGCCCGGCACCCCACGGAACGCUAAUGCGGCCCGUGAUGCCGUCCUGUCAACGCCCGAGCUCUUAGUGCUCACGCUAGAACACCUCGACAUCAAAACGCUCCUCGUCGACGCGCAGCUCGUGUGCAGUCAGUGGCGAGACCUGAUCAACUCUACCGCGUCGUUGCAGAGACAGCUCUUUUUCCUUCCGGCCGCCGACCGCAGAGGCGCAAACGGAGACAUGGCGGGGCCGGGUGAGGGAUCCUACGCGGAACUGAACCCGCUGCUAGUCAAAUUCUUUGGGCCCUUUUACCCCACAGAGCUCCCGGGGUUCCGCGAAGGGCGGUUCUCGUCAUUUGACGAAGUCGACGAGGACUACUACGACGCGCUAGCGGGCCUCAAGAGGAAGUGGGCGGGCGGCGCAACCCGGCCCGCCGCCGCGGGUGCUGCAUUCGCUCAAGAUUCGUCGGGCGCACGUGCGGGGUGGAAGCCCGCGGCGCUCGAGUUCCCGCUGGGGCUGCGGAUGGGUCAGCUGUGGGAGCACGUGGAAGGGUCGUUCUUACACGGGGCCAAGGUGACGGUGCUGGACCGGCGCUUCAUCGAGGAGUCGACGUGCCGGCAGAUGAAGCUGAGCGGGUACCACCGGGAGUUUUGGAGGCGGGUGGGCGGGGCGGACCUCUUCGUGUUUGGCAUCGUCAUGGACGCGUCGGAUAGGAUGGAUCUGAGGCGGAAGAGGGGUUUUACUGGGAUGGGGGUUCAUGUGAGUCGGAGGGUUGAGUGA